CGCGCUCGGCGGGACCGGGCGCGGCACCUGUAGCUGCGCCCGCCGAGUUCCCCGGGUCAUGCUGCACGUGGAGGAGGCGGCUCCGAGCGCCCGCCUGGGCCGCCUGUGAGCGCGGGACCGUAGGAGGGACCCGGCGCGGCGCCGCGGGCACGAUGCCUUUCCUUCCGGAGGCGGGGGCGGCGGGGCGCGCGGUGGCCCUGGCCCUGGUGCUGCUGCUCCCUGCAGUGUCCUCGGGCGCCGGCGUCCCGCUCCGCCUGCAACCGGGCAUGCCCCACGUGUGUGCGGAGCAGGAGCUGACCCUGGUGGGCCGCCGCCAGCCCUGCGUGCGGGCCUUCAGCCGCACAGUGCCCGUGUGGAGGCCGGGUUGCGGGCGGCAGGCCUGGUGUGUCAGCCACGAGCGCAGAACCAUCUACUACACGGGCUACAGGCAGGUGUACUCCACUGAGGCCCAGACGGUGUUCCGGUGCUGCCCGGGGUGGAGCCAGCAGCCAGGGAGCCAGGGCUGCCUCUCCCCCGUGUGCAGCUCCGGCCUCUGCUUUAACGGCGGCCACUGCGUGUCCGGCUCAGCCCAGCCGUGCCGCUGUCCCCCUGGCUUCCAGGGUCCUCGCUGUCAGCAUGAUGUGAACGAGUGUGCCACCAGCAACGCGGGCUGUGAGGGUGAGUGUCGCAACACCGUGGGGGGCUUCUACUGCAGCUGCCCGCCCGGCCGCCAGCUGCGGGGAGACGGCACGACCUGCCAAGAUGUGGACGAGUGCCAGGUGCACAACGGCGGCUGCCAGCACCGGUGUGUGAACACCCCAGGCUCCUACUUCUGUGAGUGCAAGCCCGGCUUCCGUCUCCACGCGGACGGCAGGACCUGCCUGGCCAUCAACUCCUGUGCCGUGGGCAAUGGUGGCUGCCAGCACAACUGCAUCCAGCUCACAGUGACCCAGCAUCGCUGCCAAUGCCGGCCUGAAUUCCAGCUCCAGGAGGAUGGCAGGCGCUGCAUCCGGAGAAACCCGUGUGCAGACAGGAACGGCGGCUGCAUGCACAGGUGCCGGGCACUCCGGGGCGUUGCCCACUGCGAGUGCCACGCGGGCUACCAGCUGGCAGCGGACCGCAAGGCCUGCGAAGAUGUGGAUGAAUGUGCCACGGGCCUGGCCCAGUGUGCCCACGGCUGCCUCAACACGCAUGGCUCCUUCAAGUGUGUGUGCAAUGCGGGCUACGAGCUGGGUGCUGAUGGCCGGCAGUGCUACCGGAUCGAGAUGGAGAUCGUGAACAGCUGUGAGGCGGACAACGGCGGCUGCUCCCACGGCUGCAGCCACAGCAGUGCGGGCCCCAUCUGCACCUGCCCCCGUGGCUACGAGCUGGAUGAGGACCAGAGGACGUGUAUCGACGUCGACGACUGUGCCGCCUCCCCCUGCUGCCAGCAGGUUUGCACCAACAGCCCCGGCGGCUACGAGUGCAGCUGCUAUGCCGGCUACCGGCUCAGUGCGGAUGGCUGCGGGUGUGAGGACGUGGAUGAGUGCGCCUCCAGCCGCGGCGGCUGCGAGCACCGCUGCGCCAACCUGCCUGGCUCCUUCCAGUGCUCCUGCGAGGCUGGCUACCGGCUGGACGAGGACCGCAGGGGUUGCACCUCCCUGGAGCUGCCUGAGCUGGUCCUGGAUGGCCACCUGCCCCUGGGGCGGCCCCCGCUGCAUGUCGCGGUGCUCCAGGACGCGCUGCCCCACCUCUUGCAAGACGACUACGUCGGGGUUGAGGAGGAAGAGGCCGAGGCGCGGGGCGAACACACACUGCAGGAAAAGUUUGUCUGCCUGGACGAUACCUUUGGCCCAGACUGCAGCUUGACCUGCGACGACUGCAGGAAUGGGGGAACCUGCCUCCCCAGCCUGGACGGCUGUGACUGCCCUGAUGGCUGGACUGGGCUCAUCUGCAAUGAGACCUGUCCUCCGGACACCUUCGGGAAGAACUGCAGCCUCUCCUGCAGCUGUCAGAACGGCGGGAACUGUGACCCUGUGACGGGGGCCUGCCGCUGCCCCCCGGGGGUCAGCGGAGCCCGCUGUGAGGAUGGCUGCCCCAAAGGCUUCUAUGGCAAGUACUGCCGUAAGAAGUGCCACUGUGCCAACCGGGGCCGCUGCCACCGCCUCUAUGGGGCCUGCCUCUGUGACCCGGGGCUCUACGGCCGCUUCUGCCACCUGGCCUGCCCACCGUGGGCCUUUGGGCCGGGCUGCUCGGAGGAGUGCAAGUGUGAGCAGCAGAACACGCGUGCGUGCGAUAAGAGGGACGGCAGCUGUGCCUGCAAGGCGGGCUUUGGGGGCGAGUGGUGCCAGGAUGAGUGCCAGCUGGGCUUCUUUGGGCCAGGGUGCCGACAGGCGUGCACCUGCCCCCCGGGUGUGGCCUGCAACCCUGUCAGUGGCGAGUGUGGGAAGCAGUGUCCCGCUGGCUACCACGGGGAGAACUGCAGCCAAGAGUGCCCGGCGGGGACGUUUGGCCAGAACUGCUCAGGCUCCUGCUCCUGUGGGGGCGCCCCCUGCGACCGGGUCACAGGGCAGUGUCUGUGCCCACCGGGGAGGACUGGGGACGACUGUGGGGCAGAUUGUCCCGAGGGCCGCUGGGGGUUUGGCUGCCAGGAGAUCUGCCCGCCGUGUGAGCACGAUGCCACCUGUGCGCCAGAGACUGGAGCCUGCCUGUGCCGCCCCGGCUUCACGGGCAGCCGCUGCCAGGACGCCUGCCCUGCCGGCUGGUUUGGGCCCGGCUGCCAGACGCGGUGCUCCUGUGCCAACGAUGGGCUCUGCCACCCGGUGACCGGCCGGUGCAGCUGUGCCCCUGGGUGGACAGGCCUCAGCUGCCAGAGAGCCUGUGACAGUGGCCACUGGGGACCCGACUGCAGCUACGCCUGCAACUGCAGCAUGGGCCACGGGGGCUGUGACGCCGUCAGUGGCCUGUGUGUGUGUGAAGCCGGCUAUGUGGGCCUGCGGUGUGAGCAGCGUGAGUCCCGGCCUGGCCCGCUCAUGCAUGUGCACAUGCAUGCUCACAUGCACACACACACAUGCUCACGUGCACACACACGUACAAGUGUCAGGGGGACCCAACCCUGCUUCCUGUCCACAGACAAGCAGGGAGUCUCCUCGUCUAAGCCUACCCCAACUUCCCCAUCUGGCCCCCCGCUAUCCGCCACACUCCCACUGCCUGGGCUCAAGAGAAGGCCCACGAGGAGCAAAGGCAGCGAGAGAUGGGGGUGUCCCCAGGGCUACUUUGGGCCGGGCUGUGGGCGGCAGUGCCAGUGUGAGCACGGGGCGGCCUGUGACCACGUCAGCGGGGCCUGCACCUGCCCUGCCGGCUGGAGGGGCACCUUCUGUGAGCGAGCCUGCCCGGCUGGCUUCUUUGGAGUGGACUGUGGCCGUGCCUGUGACUGCAGUGCUGGAGUCCCCUGUGAGCCCGUGAGCGGCUCCUGCCUCUGUCCUGCUGGCCACCAGGGCCCCCGCUGUGCCCAGACCUGCCCAGCCCACACAUUCGGCCACAACUGCAGCCAGGCCUGCUCCUGCUUUAAUGGGGCUUCCUGUGACCCUGUCCACGGGCAGUGCCGCUGUGGCCCUGGCUGGACGGGGCCCACCUGCCUGCAGGCCUGCCCAGAGGGCCUCUAUGGCAAGGAUUGUCAGCACUCCUGCCUGUGCCGGAACGGGGGCACCUGUGACCCGGUCUCAGGUCACUGCACCUGCCCAGAGGGCUGGGCCGGCCUGGCCUGUGAGAAGGAGUGCCUCCCAGGGGUCUUUGAAGCCGGCUGCCCGCCCAACUGCGGGUGCCUCAAUGGCGGCCUCUGUGACCCGCACACUGGCCACUGCCUCUGCCCAGCCGGCUGGACUGGUGACAAGUGCCAGAGCCCCUGUCCCGAGGGCGCCUUCGGGGUCCGCUGUGAGGAGCGCUGCGCCUGCCGGUGGGGUGCCGCCUGCCACCCUGUCACCGGGGCCUGCCUCUGCCCCCCAGGGUGGAGGGGCCCGCGGUGUGAGAACGCCUGCCCACCCGGCUGGUUUGGAGAGGCCUGUGCCCAGCGCUGCCAGUGCCACCCGGGCGUCGCCUGCCACCACGUCACCGGGGAGUGUCACUGUCCCCCGGGCUUCACAGGCCCCAGCUGUGAGCAAGCCUGCCCACCUGGCACCUUUGGGGAGCGCUGUGGGCAGCAGUGCCACUGCCCCGGCGAGAACCAGGCCUGCCACCCCGCCUCGGGGGCCUGCGUGUGUGCCCCCGGCUUCCACGGCGCCGGCUGCCAGCAAUGGUGCCCGCCUGGGCGGUUCGGGCCUGGCUGUGAGCUGCUGUGUGGGUGUCUCAACGGGGGCUCCUGUGACGCGGCCACCGGGGCCUGCCGCUGCCCCGCCGGGUUCCUUGGGACCGACUGCAGCCUCGUCUGUCCACAUGGCCACUUUGGCCCCGGCUGUGCCCACGUGUGCGGGUGUGGGCAGGGGGCGGCCUGUGACCCCGCGACCGGCAGCUGCUCCUGCCCGCCCGGGAGGACUGGCGUCCACUGUGAGCACGGCUGCCCCCAGAACCGAUUUGGUGUGAACUGCGAGCAUGCGUGCUCCUGCAGGAACGGGGGCCUGUGUGACUCCACCAAUGGCAGCUGCUCCUGCAGCCUGGGCUGGACGGGGCCACACUGCGAGCUGGCCUGCCCCGCCGGCCGCUACGGUGCUGCCUGCAGCCUCGAGUGCUCCUGCCACAACCGCGGGGCCUGUGAGCCCACAUCGGGGGCCUGCCGCUGCGGCCCCGGCUUCUAUGGCCAGGCCUGCGAGCACCCCUGUCCCCCCGGCUUCCAUGGGGCUGGCUGCCAGCAGACAUGCCAGUGUCAGCACGGUGCCCCCUGCGACCCCGUCAGCGGCCGGUGCCUCUGCCCUGCCGGCCUCCACGGCCAGUUCUGCGAGCGGGGGUGUGAGCCGGGCUCGUUCGGAGAGGGCUGCAGCCAGCAGUGUGACUGCGAGCUUGGGGUGCCCUGUGACCCCAUCACCGGCCUCUGCCUGUGUCCCCCGGGGCGCACGGGGGCCUCCUGUGACCUGGGCUGCAGGAGGGGCUUCUUCGGGCCAGGCUGUGUCCUGCGCUGCUCCUGCGGGGGCGGGGCCGACUGUGACUCUGUCAGUGGGCAGUGCCUCUGCAUGGACGGCUACACAGGGCCCACGUGCCGGCAGGGUGGACCCUCCCAGCUCCUGGAGAGCCUGUCUCCAGCCCUGGGCCCAGCGGCCCUACAACCAACCUCCCACCAGACCCGGGCUCAGCAGCAGCCUAGAGAAGCACUAGCUCAGGGGCAGCCCCCGCUGAGGCUUGGCUCCCAGGGGCCACUGAGGGGACCUGGGGACUUUGGUGACCACUGAGGAGGGACAUGCGGGGGCCAGGACUCCGGCCCCACCCUGGUCUCCGAGGCCUGUGGACAGUGGUGCAGCCUUCAGCUCUGCAAGGAUCUUCUGACCACGAGGAUGGAGGCCCUGCCUGGCCCGCCCUGAGGAUCAUAGUGUGGAGGAAACCCCACCUGCCGUGUCCCCGGGGUGAGACUGCGGGCAGGUGCGGGGACAGGUGCGGGCCUGGAGCCCUUCCUGGGAGCAAGUUCUUCUGGUGCUAGGCGUGGGUCUGCUGCAGUUCAGCCUGUUUACCUGGAAACAGAUGCUGGUGCUAGGCCGGGCCAUAUUUAUGGAAGAUAUUUAUGGGCAGCCAGCCCCUGGGCACUGGAGGGCUGCCUGCCUGCUGCCCCACCUGGGGGGCCUUGACUCGGGCCUCUGGGUGGGGCUUCGCUACCCUGUGAAACCAGUAAGUUAAGGAUGGAGCAGCUCCUUCUUGGAGGCCUGUAUGCUUGCUGCUUUGUACAGGCUCCCUGUGGUGGCCUCCUGGGACCGCUGGCAUGAGUGGGCUGACCAGAGAGGCCUGUGAGGCCCCUGGGCCUCCCUGGGUGCCACACAAGCAAAGUCGGGGUUUAUCCCGGUUCCUGGUGCUCUUGAGGGCGUGGGGCCCAGAGACGUGUGGUCCCCAGGGGAGGAGGGCAGGGUGCAGCUAAGGGCAGCUUGGGUGUGGUGCACUGCUCCCCCUGCCCUGUCUUCAGGGUAGAACCAGGGGAAAUGGUUGGACCCAGAUUGUCACACCAGACACUUAGGUCUGGGCUGGAGCCCCCUCCCCUCCAGCAUGAGCCCAGGUAGCUGAUAGCUCCAGGGGCAAAGAAUCUCAUGGGGCAAAGCAGGGUGGGUUCUCGUGAACCCUGUCCCCUUAGACGGACAGCGAGUGGACAGGCCACUGUUUUAAGACUUUGAGGUACAUAAAUAGCAUCCAUAUCCCAGAAAGCAUCAGGAACAGUGCAGGGAUAAUGGGAUGCAGGUCAAGAAGGACCAUCGUCAGGACUGGGCGUGGAGUGUGUGGAGGCUGGAGUUGCCGGGGGGUGGGGGGUGGGGGGUGGUGGCAGGAAUCUAGCCAAAUACCAGGUUUUCCAGCUCAGAACCCUCCCAGGAGGCAUCAGGGAGGCAGAGAGAGAGAAGAUACAAAGGAAAGGUUAGUGGAAAAGGAUGAGGGAAGUGUUAACACUUCUGAAGCCCUAGAAAAAGAAGGGAAAAACCAUUGACACAAAGCACCAAGCUCUCAGGUCUAAGUUGGAUGAUCUCAGAUCCAAAGUGCUCAUAUUGGAAAUAAAAUUUAAAACAUUUUAAA